AUGGGAAUCAAGUUCAAGGUGAUCGAAUGAAGCAAACGAUUACAAGCUAGCCCUCAAACUCAAUUCUCUGAUUUAUCUUAUCUCCAUCAACUAAACUUCUUCACUCAUUCAAAAAUAUCUAACCCCCAAGAGCUGUGAAUAAUAUUCUAACAGUUUGAAUCUGGGUUCUGAGGAAACCAAAAAUAAAGCCUCUGAUAACUUAACUGAAAUAAACUAAAAUUUAACAAAUUUAUAAAUUUCAGCACUCAAGUUUUCUAAACUGAAGUCAAUUUUACAUUACCAAGCUCCAAUAAAGGUUGGAGUGUCUUCAGAGAAGCAAAGCAUGGCGGAAGGCUAUCCUAACUCUCAGGUUAAGACCUUUUGACAUCAAGUUUGUGUGCUUUGAAUUGAUUGGAUCUAGCACCAGACUUCAGUUCAGUAGAGUAAAUAUUUAUAACAAAUUACUC